GACAUCGAGAGUCGGCCAUAAUCUGUUUAGUGGCGCACAGGUGUACGACGAUCCAACGUCACGCGCACAAUUUUGUUGACGGAAGGUUUUUUGCCGCCAAAGAAAAAACAUGGCUCGAGUCGUCGCCGUAAAGGAAUAUCUCGAGAAGGCACUGAAGGACGAGAGCAAGCCGUGGACGAAGAUGUUCGUCCUCGCCGAGGAGAAGACCGGCAUUGAUCGGCUGUACAUUUUUGUCGGAUCAUUGAUGCUGCUGGCUCUAUAUUUGGUAUUUGGACUAGGACAGCAACUAGUAUGUAAUAUAGUCGGCUUUGUUUAUCCCGCUUAUCAAUCUAUGAAAGCACUAGAAAGCCCCAAAAAGGAGGAUGACACAAAGUGGCUCACUUAUUGGGUCGUCUUCGCUGUAUUCACUAUAAUAGAAUUCUUUUCGGAGUACAUUGUCUGCUGGUUUCCAGUUUACUGGUUGUUCAAGUGUAUAUUUUACGUGUGGCUGAUGGCUCCAACCGAGUACAACGGUUCCUUGAUUUUAUAUCGUCGUGUCAUUCGUCCAAAGUUCAUUCAGUAUCAGCCUGGAUUAGAUAGGCUUCUGUCCAAUGCACGGGAUACAGCAGUUAAAACUGCAGCAGAAGCGUUGCUGACCAACAAGCAAGAAUAACGGAGCUACGAAUCAAAGAGAUAGAAAGUCCGUUUGUGUCUUUCCCCUUUUAUUCAUUCCUAGCUAAAAGAGAGCAUGAAUUUUCUGGUGAACAUUAUUGAAGACACAUGCCGAGUAUGCUACUGGGCGUCCUGCAUUAAGGAGUACAGUGAUAAGAAGAGCUAGACAGAUAAAAAUUUUAAAAGUUCCCCAAAUACCGAGUCAGUAUUCAUGAUUUUCACUUGCGAUUUGGGAGAAUCAGUUUUCCCUGAUCUUUUUGACAAUUGUUAUAUAUCUGAGGAUAUUUAAGAUUUUUAUCUGUCUAGCUUCUCUUGUCACUGUACCCCUUAAUGCGGGCACUAGCCCACUAGCGUAUUUAGCACGUAUCUUCACAAAAUGAAAGAGGAGUUUGCUCUGAGAAUAAAUCGUUUAUAAACCAACACGAUAGUCUGUUUUUAGAAUAAAAAAAAAAACAUGAUAUGGUACAAGAAAGUUUCAGCAUAGUGUGGAAGCAUCUCGUUUUCAGUCGUUCGAUGUGUUGUUUGCGGUAGUAUCGAAUCAAUUGAGAACAAAACAUGAUAUUAGAGUACUUUUCUAUUGUAGGAUAGGCUUGUCCCGCGUGUUAGGCAUUCUAUGCGUAACCACUUUUACACGUACACACAUGUAUUCAUAUAGUAUAUGUAUGUAUGUGUGUACAUGUAUACACAUAUUUUAGUAUGUUUUUAUUUUUAAAGAAUAUUUCGCCAACAUUAAGUUCCGAUCAUCUGAGUUAACGGAUUCUUCGUCUCUAUAAAUUAGCUAUUUAAGUAUUAAUCAACUAUCGUUGUCUAUAGUUUCUCCAUCCUGAAAAAUCUGCGAUAUAAAUAGAUUAUGUCGAUGUUGGUGAAACCGUUUUUAGUAUACUUUACUAAAUAAGUUAUUUACGACUGCCAUUUAAUCAUUUAUUUAAAAUCCAAAAUCCAAAGAUCGGAAUAGUAUACGAAGUGUCCAUUAAUUUUAAUGAAAUGGAAUAUGUAAUCUUUAAUUUUUAAAAACUUGCCAUUUACGGUUGCCACGCGCAUCACAGAAUUCUUCUCUAAGAAUAUAAUCACGGGAAUUAAUCCUUUUAGUUAGAAUUUUUUGAGCCGCCUAGUAAGAGUAAAGAUGUUUCUUUAAUUAGUUUAAAUUUGUACAUCGUAUAGUGAGAUGUAUUACUCCGUAUUUGCAUGCGAUUGUCCUUUACUGUUCGUUUAGUAUUCUAUAUCUACGUUCUGCGAUCUAGUUUCUAUCUAGUUUCAACUUUAAAGUGCAGGAAAGUAUGCUAAGGUGUAUAUGUAUAUUGCUCAAGUUAAGCCAUUAUUUUGAUCCCGAGUAACUUGAUCGUUAACGAUCAUGUUAUCAAAGAAAGUCGAUGUUCCAAUCGAAGGAAUAUUUAAUAUUAAAGGAAUAUUAAAUCUUUCAACGUAAAGACAAAUUUUCCAUGCCUUAUCCAAUCAUGUCUAAAAUUCUUCGCAUGUAUGCGCUGUUUGCCGGUUACUACCGGAGAAAAGGUAUUACGGGUUUUAUAAGCGCAAAAUUGUAGAUUUAGGUAUAUUGACUAAUUCGCCAGAAAUUGUAAAUCGCCAUUGAAAUAUGCACAAAUAAUAAAUAUCUUUUUAUUUUA